UCGUCCCUAAUAAAUAUAUCAGACCUUGAUCACACGACAAUGUUGGCAAGUGUGCACAGAAUUGAAUAACAGACGCAGGUGUUUCUGAAUCGAGAGGUAGAGAAAAUGUACGUGGAUCACGCGUUUUCGAUUUCAGAUGAGGACAUAAUGAUGGAUGGACCGUACACGGUGAGCAACAAGGCACCCAUCAAGGAGAUCUCCCUCGCCGUUUCCCUUCUCGUCUUCGGAACCCUAGCCAUCAUCAUCGGUUCCCUCAUGGCCUAUAAUCACGUCGGCGGCGACAACGCUCACGAAGAUCCCCUUAUGAGGAUUAAUUAUGCACAUUUUGGUGAGUUAAGAAAGCUCAUAGGGGUGCACAUGACUCGUAUAGUUGGAGGCAGGUUCUUGAAUUUUAGCCUUUUCACUUUGCUAUGUAGUCUAUACUUACCACACUAUAAUAAGUAAGUUGCGCGGAUUGCAUACUAGUACCCUCCCCUCCCCUACUCUCCUCCCUUUCCUUUUCUAUUACCUUUUGUCAGUGCAUUUUGUGGACAACAGGUAUCAAAAUUAUUUCAAGUUACCUCUCUCACUUGUAGGAGCAUGAAGUUUGAAAUUGGGUCUAUAGCAGGCAAUUGCAUCUUUUCCUCUUUGAUAAAGGGGUAUGAUUGGGACAUGUAUAAACCUCCUGUCUAUGUACUUAUGCAAGGUUUUAAAUUAUUAUCGUGGUUUUGUUGCAAUCUUUGAUGUUGCGGGCAAUUCUGAACAAAUGAGACUAAUGUGGCCACAAUUUCGGUGGUAGUAAUUCCAAAAACCUUAAGUGUCACGGCUGAAACAACAUUUGUGCACCAUUUUUUAAAAUCUAGUGCGUACUUAUGUGUUGUCAUUUAACGAACCUGGUUUGUGCAAUAUCCGAUUUCGCUCCAAGUUUAACAAAGGCUAUUUGCAUUCAGCCACUUUUUUGGGAAAGGAUUUGAUUUGAUUAUGUGGAAUGUAUAACCGUAUGACUACUGACUACAGAUACAACAACCAAUGUACGGGUUCUUCAGAUUCUUUCUGAAGACUGAUUAGAGAGAUUUCUUUUAGGCGUGUUUAAGGUUAUUAUCCUUUUUUUGUUUACUUGCAUUCAGAUGUCGAGAAUUGGAUAUAAUUUUUUUCAUUAGUUUUUCCUACUGAUAGUGGCCUUCUCCAUCUUGUAUUAUUCCUUUGAAUAUGAUUCAUGACAAAGUACUAAAU